UGCGGGGCACCGUAGUGGCUUUUUCCCGGGUGGAGCGGUCGGAGCCGGGCUGGGCACCGGAACCCAGUUCAGCUUAGAAAACCCUGAUGGCUGCGUUGUUUCUAGUAACGCUGUAUGAGUAUUCACCGCAUUUCUACAUCGCGGUGGUCUUUACCUGCUUCAUCGUGACCGCCGGCCUGGUAUUGGGAUGGUUUGGUUGGGAUGUUCCAGUAAUUCUGAGAAAUUCAGAAGAGACCCAGUUCAACGCAAGAGUUUUCAAAAAGCAGAUGAGACAAGUCAAGAAUCCUUUUGGCUUAGAGAUCUCUAAUCCCUCUUCAGCUUCAAUUACAACUGGCAUCACCUUGGCAACAGACUGCCUAGAAGACAGCCUCCUCACAUGCUACUGGGGGUGCAGUGUUCAAAAGUUAUACGAGGCUCUGCAGAAGCACAUUUAUUGCUUCCAAAUAAGCACUCCCCAGGCACUGGAAGAUGCUCUGUAUAGCGAGUAUCUCUAUCAAGAACAGUAUUUUAUUAAAAAGGACAGCAAAGAAGAAAUAUAUUGCCAGUUACCAAAAGAUACCAAAAUCGAGGACUUCGGCACAGUGCCCAGGUCUCGCUAUCCGCUGGUAGCGCUGUUGACCUUUGCUGAUGAGGAUGACCGAGACGUUUAUGAUAUUAUUUCCAUGGUGUCAAUAAUUCAUAUUCCUGACAAAACUUAUAAACUAUCCUGUAGAAUAUUAUAUCAAUAUUUACUCCUGCCUCAAGGUCAAUUUUAUGAUCUCAAGCAACUUUUCAUGUCUGCAAAUAACAAUCCCACCCUUUCCAGCAAUUCUACCCCUGAAGAAGAAAGCACAGACCACAGUUUGCUGGAGAAGGCUGGCCUCUCUGAAAGCGAGGCAGCCGCCGCGGAGGCCGCCCCGGAGAGCAGCAAGGACUGCGUGGUGUGCCAGAACGGGGCGGUGAACUGGGUGCUGCUGCCCUGCAGGCACACGUGCCUGUGUGACGGCUGCGUGAGGCACUUUCAGCGGUGCCCCAUGUGCAGGCAGUUCGUUCAGGAAUCUUUUGCGCUUUGCAGUCGCAAGGAGCCAGAUAAAGACAAACCGAAAACUCUUUGAAGAUAUCAUUGACGCCGAAGAUGUAAUUUCCACGAAGGAUGCAGAAAUUUGUGUUCUUGGAAUCUAUCAUAACGUGGAGUCUACAGUGUUGACUGUCUGUGAAAAUUCUAUUUUAACUUCCUAUUUGUGCGGUACCUGGAUGAUGAAAUUUAAUUAUUCCUUCCUAUUCCAUAUGGUAACUACUGGAAUACCAUCUGUGUUAAUAUAUAAAAAUGCAUUCAGCUCUUGAGAAGACUAUAAAUGUUUGGCCUUUUAUCAUCUAGUAUCAGUUAGAAAAAUUCCAAAAAGCAAUCCAUCUGAAAUUUGAGGAAGCAAAAGUCUGAAGAUUUCUGAAUGUAUUUCCUUCGCCAUAGUGCAACUGGGAAAAACCGAAUUCUUCUUAAAGUACUUGCAUGUUCCGUAGCUCACACGGGAGCUGGAAGGGGCUUCCAACUGUAUGUCCUUCCCCGAAAUACCAGUUUUUACAAAUAUCCACAUGUUUGUUUUCUAAUUUUCCUUAUAAUCAUAGUCAUAUAAUACACACAUGUUAAUUUUUAAACAUAGGUUCUUAAAUUAUACAUGCAAGGUACAGUUCUGGAUUGUCCUUAGUUUACCAUAGAUUUGAAUGACACUCAUUUAUAGGAAGCAGGCAUAUAAGACAAGAAUAAUAAAAUGUCUUGGAUAAUUAAAUUCACUGCCACAUGUGGUUAGAUUAACAGACUGUGAUCUUCCAGGGAAGAUAGAUCUUAACAACUCACCUUAGACCCCCCUGCACAGCACGUCCCCCCAGAACCGAGGGACUGAGAGCCAGAAAAAUCACUAAAAGAAACAAAUGACUAUUUUUUAUCGUGUGUUUUUAUUCUAAAUAAACCCCAUAUUCUUCUGAA